AACUACAACAACAAAAUCUUCGUCGUCGUCGUCGUCUUGGUCAUCCUUUUUUUUCACUCUAGUCUCUUGUUUGCCUCGUUGUGUGUCUCUCCUCUCUGACGAACGAUUCACUGACAUCGGCUUCCGGAUAAAUCGAUUGAAAAUUACUUGUUUUUUUUUUGUCGUUUGUUCUUGCUUAAAAAAGGAGGAGGAAGAAAACUCACAUCAUCGUCGUGUUGUGAAAAAUCGGUUUGGUUUUUCUUUUUUUCUUCCUUUGUGUUGUUUCUAAAAUAACAGCAGCUUCACUUUUGUAGUUAGUCAGUCAAAGUGGUCAAAUAAUGUCAUCUUCAUUACAACGUCGUUAUGGUAUUUCAAUAGUAUUUAGUAUAUUAUUAGCUUUAAUAAGCAUAUCGGCCAAGUGCAAUGCCACGGCCACUGAUAUCGCGCUCGACGCCAAGGCUACACUCACCCACAGAAUCGACAGCUUGAAUCUGUUGGUUUAUACGUUCCUGCUGACACUCACAGUUCUAACAAUAUGGCUGUUUAAGCAUCACAGAGUUUCAUGGCUGCAUGAGACUGGAUUGGCUGUUAUCUAUGGUCUUAUCGUUGGAGCUGUUAUACGUUAUGCUGGCUCAUCAACUCCGCUUGUUCAUCUUGCUGUCGAGCCAGAGGGUAUUCCAAAAUUCAACCAAUCCUUACCCCCAGACACAUUAUGGUUGCAGUUCCCUGGCAAAUUGUCACAAAAUACCACCGACAAGGACCCCAUCCAAAACAAAACAUAUGCAUAUGUGUUUCGAAGUCAAGUCUAUCAAGUUGAAGAAAACGAAAUCGAUCUAAAGGCAACAUUUGAUCCAGAAAUAUUCUUCAACAUCAUUCUGCCGCCCAUUAUCUUUCAUGCUGGUUAUAGUCUCAAAAAGAAAUACUUCUUUCGUAAUUUGGGAGCUAUAUUAACAUAUGCGAUAUUGGGGACAGCAUUAUCAGCGUUCUUAAUCGGCGCUAUUAUGUACGGCUGUGUGAAGCUGAUGCCGGAAUAUCUGAGCAGCAGUUUUACAUUCCUGGACACGCUGUAUUUUGGAGCGCUGAUAUCACCAACCGAUCCACUAACAAUUUUAGCCAUCUUCCAUGAUUUGCAUGUCGAUGUGAAUUUAUAUGCUUUGGUAUUUGGAGAAUCGGUAUUAAAUGAUGCUGUAGCCAUUGUAUUGAGUGGGGCAAUUCAAAACUAUGGCGAACAUUAUUCAAAAACUGGAGAAUUCGAGACAAAUGCCUUCUUUAUGGCCUUGAGUGACUUCUUUUGUAUAUUCAUGUUGUCACUAUUGAUUGGAGCUACAAUGGGAUGUUUCACGGCAUUGUUGACUAAGUUUACCAGAGUACGAGAUUUCCCUCUACUCGAAGCAGCAUUGUUUGUCCUUAUGUCGUACAGCACGUUCCUAAUUGCAGAAGCUUCCGAGCUAACAGGUGUUGUGGCGGUAUUGUUUUGUGGAAUUUGUCAAGCCCAUUACACCUACAACAAUCUCUCGGAAGAUUCUCGAGUGCGAACGAAGGAGAUAUUCGAGUUGUUAAACUUUUUAGCUGAGAACUUUAUCUUUUCGUACAUUGGAGUUUCGAUGUUUACAUUUCCAAAACAUCACUUUGAUCCGGUGUUUAUUAUAACUGGAUUUGUUUGUGCGGCUAUUGGACGUGCAGUUAAUAUCUAUCCUCUUUCAUGGUUGUUAAAUUUAAAUCGAAGACCUAAGAUCUCAUCGAACUUCCAACAUAUGUUGUUCUUUGCUGGUCUUCGUGGAGCAAUGUCAUUUGCAUUGGCAAUUCGAAAUACUGUUUCAGAAGCACGUCAAACAAUGUUAACAGCAACAUCACUUAUUGUUAUAUUUACAGUGAUAAUUCAAGGUGGAGCAUCGAAUUUCUUACUCAAUUGGCUCAAAAUACCAAUUGGAGUUGAUGAGGAGACUGAACAAUUGAACAACUAUCAAGUUCGUAGUGUUUACAACUCAAUGGAAAAUACAGCAGCAGCGUCAAUCGACACAGGACUUAAUUUAGGACAAUUGCCAAUGUCCAGAAGACAAAGUUCUCUGUCUGAUGGUUAUUUGCAGGAUGUGGAUGCCGACCUAGAGGGCGGUGCAACAACACCUGGUGGCAGCAGAAAAACUAAUGAGAAGGCUAUAUUGGCGCGUAUAUGGGGCAAUUUUGAUACAAAAUACAUGAAGCCCCUCCUAACGCACUCGCGUCCAACUUUGCUAGAGACCCUACCAGUCUGCUGCAAUCCUGUGGCCCGCCUUUUGACAACCACAGAACAACUUACACAGGAUGGCGGUACACGAAGAUCUGACUCAGAUUCCGACAUUUGUAUAGACGAUGAUGAUUUCACUCGAAACGGAUCGAGUAAUGGCGGCGGACCAGGCGGUGCCAAUGGUCCGCGCAGAAAUUCGAUCAAUCGUAGUCACAAACAAACGGAAAAUAAUCGACAUUGAUUUUUAUUUUUUUUAUAAGAAUAUAACUUUUUGAGUGAAAAUAGUUAAUAUAUAUUAUUAUUUUUUUUUUUUUUUUAUUAUUUUUAAUUUUACUUGAAUUAUAUUUUUGUUAAUUUUACUUAAGUUUUUUUUUAACUUUAUUUUAUAUUUUUAAAUAUUCACUUGUUAUAUCCAUUGAGUGGGCAGCUUGUUUGUUUUUUUCCUAUAUUCUUAGAUUGACCUAGCUUAUUCGAAUAAAAAUAAAAUAUAUACAUAUAUUAGUCCCACUUUAUUAGCACCUUCAAUAUAUUUUAGAAUUAAUAUUUUACUAUUUUUUUUGUGAUUUUAAUUAUAAAUUAUUUAAUAAAGAAAAAUUAAUACAUGUACAAAAUAUAUAAAAAGAGUAUUUUUCUUUUUUGAUCAUUGAUUGAGGGUAUCCACACUUUUUGGGCCCCUUAUUUUGGAGUUCGUUUUAAUUCGUAUUGAUUCGAGUAAAAGCUCUACCAAUUUAACAAAGAUGUCAUUUUGGCGGACCGUUAAAAUAUUUGAACAUAUUUGAAUAUCAUUUUUGGUUCAGAAAAGAAUAGAACAUUUUGUCAGAUAAGGUUUCUAAAAUCUAAGAUCUCAAAGGAAUUUUCUCCAUAAAACAAACUGAGAACUUUGAGUAUACUGAGAUUUAUGAAAACUCGAAUGGUUGGGGUCAAAAAUUUUCGAAGUUCAGUUUCGAAAAUUCUAAAAUUCUGUACUUCAAAACUCUGUAAAUUUUUAAAUUCAGUUUUAUUCAAAAUUCUGUAAACCGAAUUGAUCGAUUUGAAAAAUUGAUCCGAAAUGCGAUUUCUUACUUGAGUCAAGUGAAAUUUUGGGUGUGCAAGUCAAAAAAUUAAAAUGGAUUUUGAUUGUGAGCACGGUUUUGAAAUCAUGUGCAUUCAUUUCGCAAUGAGUCCUUUUCUUAAUGCAAACUCCCGGGGAAAUGUUUUAGGGAAAAGCCCACUAAUUGAAAAACUGUCGAAAUUUUGAUAUUUUUUUUAGAAAAAAAAAGGACAGUCGUCCGCAAGUUAUUUUUCAAUUAGAACCUUCUCUACCAGAAGUUUUCAUCGAGAAUAUGACUGAAUAAGACUUCAACUUAACUUUAAUUAAUUUAAUUUAAAAAAAUUUUUUAUUAAUCGGAAUGAAUUUCGUUCAAAAUUUUAAUACCACAUUUUUUUUAAGCUAGUAGGUAGUAUCUUAAGCUUGUAUCUCUUUUAAAAAAAAUUCUUAGCUUGUCAAUUUUAUUGAUAGUUUUGAUUGUUUGAAAUUUUGUUCGUCCUUUUUUUAAUAAAAUUAGAUUAAUUUAGAUCGGACAUGCCAAAUUUUUAGUAUUUUCGCUUUUUUAUUAUUAUUUUUUUUUUCGUUUUAUGUUUUAUUUCUAUUAUCUAUUAAAUUAAUUUAUUUUUUGUUGUUAAAAAACAUAUUCUUACACGUCUCACCAAUUUAAAUCUAAAAACAUUCAUCUCAAAACUUACAAAAAAUGACAAAAUUUGACAAAAUACAAGAAACAAAAAUUGACGGAAAUUACAAAAACACCCAACACAUCUACUCGUAAACAUAACAUACAAACCCACUAUUAUGCUAUCGCAUCAUAUUUUCAAACAAAAAAAUUAAAAUUCAAUUAAAUAUUAAAAAAA